AUGCAUAAAUUAUCUGAAGAAAUGAAUAACAUAGAAAAAAUUAAAAACAUUAUUAACGACAUAGAAUAUGAAUUUGAAACACAGAAAAAUGAAAUAGAAAAAGCGAUUACAUCUUUAAAAGAUUUAAUAAAAAAUGAAAGAUUUGAUUUCGAAAAUAAAAAGUUAAAAUCAAAUAAAAAAUACGCAAAUUUAAAAGAAUUGUACAACAAGUUAUUAGAUGAAAAAAAUUAUAACUUAACACUUAUUAAUAAUGAUCAAAAUGACUUACUAGCAAUUGAAAAUGAAAAUUUCGAUUUGAGAGGGCAGAUAGAAAAACAAGAAAUAAAUAAUGCAGAGCUGCGUAGAUCUCUUGAACAUAAAAAAGUAUCGGCAAUUGAUAGCAAAAAGAAAUUAGAUUUAUUAUACAAAAGUAAUCAGACAAAAGAAUCAAAAUUAAUUAGUAAAGUUAGUGAGUGUAAAAAAUAUUUAGGAUUGGAUUUUAAUGUAGUGGAGGGGAAUAAGAUUAAGGUUUUAUUUAAUAAAUUUUGUAAAGAUGAAACAUUUGAAUGUUAUGUAGUUUUAGAUUUAAGUGAUGGAUAUAAUAUAAUUGAUAUUUAUCCAAAGGUAAUAAACAUAGAAAGAUAUUCUACUAAUCUAAAGGACAAAACAAGGUUUUUCGAGUUGAUUCAAGAUGUUAGGAAAAUAUUUGUUAAAGAAUAUUGUAAAUGA